UUGCAGGGUGCUCGGUUCUGAUAAAAAGCGGGUGAAAGUCCCACACAGAGUUUGAUUUUUUUCUUGUUUUUCUGCUUGUCUGGUUUGGAUUCGUUGAAGAGAACUUGUACGGACUUGAAGAACACUCCAAAGGAGAAAACCUGGGGGGAGGAGGACAUUAAACCCCAAACCACUACUGGAUCCGCAGGACACAGACCGUCUUUUCAGCAUGGACGGAACAAACCAGGGCACCCAGCAGUCACCAGCAGGUGUGGGCGGUCCCGCAGGUGCUCCUGUGGGUGGAGCCGCGGGGAUGGUUUCUGGUGCUCAGGUGGGUCUGGUGGGGCCCGGUACCCAGGUCUCUGCCGCUUUUGCUGUAGCUGGAGAGCCACCAACAAGCGACCCCGGGAAGCGCAAACUAAUCCAGCAGCAACUGGUGCUGCUGCUUCAUGCGCACAAGUGCCAGCGGCGGGAGCAGGCUAACGGUCAGUGCAGUGUGCCCCACUGUCGCCCCAUGAAGAAUGUCCUCAACCACAUGACUCAUUGCCAGGCUGGCAGGUCCUGCCAGGUUGCACACUGUGCAUCAUCGAGGCAGAUCAUCUCCCACUGGAAGAACUGCACUCGACACGACUGUCCUGUCUGCCUGCCACUGAAGAUUGCUGAGAGGGACCAGCAGUAUGAGGGUCUGUAUCUGAGCAGUCUGUAUCUGACCAGAACUCUGCUUGGCGUGGCCGGAGCAGGGCUGGGCAGCUCUCUCGGGGCAGUUCCUGGUGGCCAACAAAGUGCCCCCAACAUCAACCCGCCAAACCAGAUCGACCCCAGCACUGUAGAGAGAGCGUAUGCCGCCCUGGGCCUAACCAACCAGGGCAACCAGCCUCAGGCCCCCCAGCCUAACAUGGUGAACCAAGGUCUGUCAGGGCAGGCUGGCAUGAGGCCGCUGAAUCCAAUGGGUGUGAAUGCUUCGGGAGUCAAUGGAGGUGUGGGCGCUCCCCCUCAGAGCCAACAUCUCAAUGUGAACAGUCAAGGUCUGAUGAAUGAUGCUGGUGGGGUUGGGUCCAUGCCCACAGCAGCCCCGCCCUCUGCUACAAGCAUGAGAAAAAGCUGGCAUGAGGAAAUCACACAGGACCUCCGAAAUCACUUAGUCCACAAGCUAGUCCAGGCCAUCUUUCCAACGCCGGACCCUGCAGCUCUCAGUGACCGGCGAAUGGAAAACGUUGUUGACUAUGCACGAAAAGUUGAGGGAGACAUGUAUGAAUCAGCCAACAGCAGAGUUGAGUACUAUCACUUGCUCGCGGAAAAGAUCUACAAGAUCCAGAAGGAAAUGGAGGAAAAGAGGAGGACCCGACUUCAGAAGCAAGGCCUAGGCCCUGGGCCUGCUGGCAUCGGUCAGCCCCCCACUGGACUGCCUCCUAGUGUGAAUGCUAUGGGAGUCAAUGGAGGUGUGGGCGCUCCCCCUCAAAGCCAACAAGCCAGUGUGCUGCAGGAUACAAUGAUGCAUCUCAAUGUGAACAGUCAAGGUCUGAUGACUGAUGCUGGUGGGGUUGGGUCCAUGCCCACAGCAGCCCCGCCCUCUGCUACAAGCAUGAGAAAAAGCUGGCAUGAGGAAAUCACACAGGACCUCCGAAAUCACUUAGUCCACAAGAUAGUCCAGGCCAUCUUUCCAACGCCGGACCCUGCAGCUCUCAGGGACCGGCGAAUGGAAAACCUUGUUGCCUAUGCUCGAAAAGUUGAGGGAGACAUGUAUGAGUCGGCCGACAGCAGAGCUGAGUACCAUCACUUUAUUGCGGAAAAAGUCUUCAAGAUCCAGAAGGAACUGGAGGAAAAGAGGAGGACCCGGCUUCAGAAGCGAGGCCGAGGCCCUGGGCCUGCUGGCAUCGAUGGUCCUCUCCCUGGUCCAUCGACGGCGCGACCGACGGGACCACAAGCCAGUCUGCUGCAGGAUACAAUGAUGGAUCCCAAUGUGAACAGUCAAGGGUUGAUCCAUGUUGCCGAGGUUGUUCAUGGGAAACUGGCAGUCUCCAAAACGGUGGUGAUCAACUUCUCGGAAGCAGAGGCGACUGUUGAGGGCAUCGCCACAAAAGUGAGGGAGGCUUUGGGGAGCGAGGAGGGUUUUAUUCUGACUGACUCUCAGGGUCGUGAAAUCCUGGAUUCUGAGGACACAAGAAGCUCUCAGUACUGGAAGCAGAACUCCGGUAAGGUCUUUGCUUUGCCUGAAAGUGAAUUUCGGGACUUCCAGAAUGGGCAGCGGGCCAAAAGGAGUCGCCGGGCUGAAGCCAGUGAUCUGCAGGACGUGGUCCAACACAUAGAUGGACUGAAGCGUACAUCAGAUAGCAUCAGUCAGCCGUCUGAGAUGGCUGAGAAAAAGGUCACAGAAGCAAACGUGAAGCCAGUGAAGGAGGCUUUCACCUGCCUGGUCUGCUUAGACGUGAUGGUGGAGCCCACAUUCAGCAAGUGCUGCUGCUCACUGCUGGGGUGUGGAGCCUGUGUGAGGGAGUGGCUACUAACUUCAGACCACUGCCUGAAGUGCAGAAGUCCCAACUUCAAAAGAAACAUCCACUCUGUAAAGGGUCUGGAUGCUGCCUUGGCUUUCAUGAAAUGAAUUGACUGAAUGAUUUUUACCGUUAUAUUUAUGCACUCUGUUUAUCCUGAGGUGACCGCUGACUGUUAAAUAUCAGAAAUUAAUAAAUCCAAUGCUUUUUGAAAGAGAAUGGAAUAAAUUCAUUGUUACUUUACAUCCCAGGUGUUGAUUAAAUAUGUUCCUGCUCAUUUUGAGAAGGUGUUGAAGAGAAUCCAGAAAGGCCAUUUUUAUUGGUGAUGCAUCUUCUUGUCUUUUUGGAUUACUUUGUGUCCUGCUUGGAAACUGCUUCUCUUUCCUUACGUUUGUUAAUAAAAAAACUUGAAAUGUC